AUGUCUCAUCGGAGCGGGCAAGAGGACCCGGAGCGCUACCUGUUCGUGGACCGGGCUGUGGUUUACAACCCGGCCACGCAGGCCGACUGGACGGCCAAGAAGCUGGUGUGGGUCCCCUCGGAGCGACAUGGCUUCGAGGCGGCCGGCAUCCGGGAGGAGCGCGGCGAGGAGGUGCAAGUGGAGCUGGCUGAGAACGGCAAGAAGGUGGUGAUCAACAAGGACGACAUCCAGAAGAUGAACCCGCCCAAGUUCAGCAAGGUGGAGGACAUGGCGGAGCUCACCUGUCUGAACGAGGCGUCCGUGCUGCACAACCUGAAGGACCGCUACUACUCCGGACUCAUAUACACGUACUCUGGCCUCUUCUGCGUGGUCAUCAACCCGUACAAGAACCUGCCCAUCUACUCAGAGAACAUCAUCGAGAUGUACAGAGGGAAGAAGAGGCACGAGAUGCCUCCACACAUCUACGCCAUCUCUGAGGCAGCAUACCGCUGCAUGCUGCAAGAUCGUGAGGACCAAUCCAUCCUUUGCACAGGUGAAUCAGGUGCUGGCAAGACGGAGAACACGAAGAAGGUUAUCCAGUACCUGGCCCACGUGGCCUCCUCACACAAGGGACGCAAAGACCACAACAUUCCUGGCGAGUUGGAACGCCAGCUCCUCCAAGCCAACCCCAUCCUCGAGUCGUUCGGCAACGCCAAGACGGUGAAGAACGACAACUCCUCUCGCUUCGGGAAGUUCAUCAGAGUCAACUUCGACGUCACCGGCUACAUUGUCGGGGCCAAUAUUGAAACUUACCUUCUGGAGAAGUCGAGGGCCAUCAGACAGGCCAAGGAUGAGAGGACCUUUCACAUCUUCUACCGCCUGCUGGCAGGAGCUGGGGAGCAUCUCCGCACGGACCUGCUCCUCGAGGGCUUCAACGAUUACCGCUUCCUGUCGAACGGUAACAUUCCCAUACCCGGUCAGCAGGACAAGGACAACUUCCAGGAGACCAUGGACGCCAUGCACAUCAUGAGCUUCAACCAUGAGGAGAUUGUCUGUAUGUUGAAGGUGGUCUCUGCGGUGCUGCAGUUUGGAAACAUUAUCUUUAAAAAGGAGAGAAACACCGAUCAGGCCUCGAUGCCCGAGAACACAGCUGCACAGAAGCUCUGCCACCUGCUGGGAUUGAACAUCAUGGAGUUCACCAGGGCGAUCCUCACCCCGAGGAUCAAAGUGGGACGGGACUAUGUGCAGAAGGCUCAGACCAAAGAGCAGGCGGACUUUGCGAUUGAGGCUUUGGCCAAGGCCACGUAUGAGCGGCUGUUCAAAUGGUUGGUUCACCGCAUCAACAAGGCCCUGGACCGGACCAAGCGCCAGGGGGCGUCCUUCAUUGGCAUCCUGGACAUCGCUGGCUUUGAGAUCUUUGAGCUGAACUCGUUCGAGCAGCUCUGCAUCAACUACACCAACGAGAAGCUGCAGCAGCUCUUCAACCACACCAUGUUCAUCCUGGAGCAGGAGGAGUACCAGAGGGAGGGCAUCGAGUGGAGCUUCAUCGACUUCGGCCUCGACCUGCAGCCCUGCAUCGACCUCAUCGAGAGGCCGAACAACCCCCCUGGUAUCCUGGCCCUGCUGGACGAGGAGUGCUGGUUCCCCAAGGCCACGGACAAGACCUUCAUUGACAAGGUGCUGCAGGAGCAGGGCACACACACCAAGUUCCAGAGGCCGCGGCAGCUCAAGGACAAAGCCGACUUCUGCAUCCUUCACUACGCAGGGAAGGUGGACUACAAGGCGGAUGAGUGGCUCAUGAAGAACAUGGAUCCCCUCAACGACAACGUGGCCACGCUGCUGCACCAGUCCACCGACAAGUUUGUGGCCGAGCUCUGGAAAGACGUUGACCGGAUCGUGGGUCUGGACCAGGUCGCGGGGAUGAACGAGACGGCGUUCGGUGCCGCGUACAAAACCAAGAAGGGCAUGUUCCGCACGGUGGGCCAGCUGUACAAGGAGCAGCUGUCCAAGCUCAUGGCCACGCUGAGGAACACCAACCCCAACUUUGUCCGCUGCAUCAUCCCCAACCACGAGAAGAGAGCUGGUAAACUGGACCCUCACCUGGUUCUGGACCAGCUGAGGUGUAACGGUGUGCUGGAGGGGAUUCGUAUCUGCAGACAGGGCUUCCCCAACCGCAUCGUCUUCCAGGAGUUCAGACAGAGGUAUGAGAUCCUCACUCCUAACGCCAUUCCCAAAGGCUUCAUGGAUGGAAAGCAGGCCUGCGAGAGAAUGAUCCGAGCUCUGGAGCUGGACAGCAACCUGUUCCGUAUCGGUCAGAGUAAAAUCUUCUUCCGGGCCGGAGUCCUGGCUCAUCUGGAGGAGGAGAGGGACCUGAAGAUCACCGACAUCAUCAUUUACUUCCAGGCGGUCUGCCGAGGAUAUCUGGCACGAAAGGCUUUUGCUAAAAAGCAGCAGCAGCUCAGCUGUUUGAAAGUUCUCCAGAGAAACUGCGCCGCCUACUUGAAGCUGCGUCACUGGCAGUGGUGGAGACUCUUCACCAAGGUGAAGCCUCUGCUGCAGGUCACCAGGCAGGAGGAGGAGAUGCAGGCUAAGGACGAGGAGCUGGUCAAAGUGAAGGAGAAGCAGACCAAGGUGGAGGGAGAGCUGGUGGAGAUGGAGCAGAAACAUCAGCAGACCAUAGAGGAGAAGAACAUCCUGGCGGAGCAGCUGCAGGCGGAGACGGAGCUGUUUGCCGAGGCCGAGGAGAUGAGAGCUCGUCUGGCGUCCAAGAAGCAAGAGCUGGAGGAGAUCCUCCACGACCUGGAGUCCAGGCUGGAGGAAGAAGAGGAGAGGACCACGAGCAUGCAGAGCGAGAAGAAGAAGAUGCAGUCCCACAUCCAGGACCUGGAAGAACAGUUGGAUGAGGAGGAGGGUUCCAGACAGAAGCUGCAGCUGGAGAAAGUGACGGCUGAGGCCAAGAUGAAGAAAUACGAAGAAAACAUUUUGCUUCUGGAGGACCAGAACUCCAAGUUUCAGAAGGAGAAGAAGUUGACGGAGGAUCGAAUCAAUGAGAUGACCUCACUGCUAGCUGAGGAGGAGGAGAAGGCCAAGAACCUGGGCAAGAUCAAGAACAAGCAGGAGAUGAUGAUGGUCGACCUAGAGGAGAGGCUGAAGAAGGAGGAGAAGACCCGUCAGGAGCUGGAGAAGGCGAAGAGGAAGCUGGAUGGGGAGACGUCCGACUUCCAGGACCAGAUAGCCGAGCUUCAGGCUCAGACAGAGGAGCUGAAGGCAGCACUGGGCAAGAAGGAGGACGAGCAGCAGUCGAUGCAGUCCAGGACUGAGGACGAGGUCAGCCACAAGAACAACGCCCUGAAGCAGCUGAGGGAGCAGCAGGCCCAGCUGGCCGAGGUGCAGGAGGACCUCGAGUCGGAGAAACUGGCGAGGAGCAAGGCGGAGAAACUCAAGAGGGACUUGAGUGAGGAGCUGGAGGCCCUGAAAACUGAGCUAGAGGACACCCUCGAUACCACAGCUGCCCAGCAGGAGCUCAGGACCAAACGUGAACAGGAAGUGGCCGAGCUGAAGAAGGCCAUUGACGAGGAGACCAAAAACCACGAGGCCCAGAUCCAGGAGAUACGACAGAGGCACGGCUCGGCUCUGGAAGAGCUGUCCGAGCAGCUGGAACAGGCCAAGAGGUUCAAGGCCAACCUGGAGAAGACCAAGCAGAGCCAGGAGAGCGCCAACAAGGAGCUGGUCAGCGAGGUCAAGGUCCUGCAGCAGGCGAAGACCGAGUCCGACCACAAGAGGAAGAAGCUGGAGGCUCAGCUGCAGGAGUUCAUGGCCAGAGCCACCGAGGGCGAGAGGGCCAAGGGAGAGUUGGCUGAGCGCUCACACAAGCUGCAGACGGAGUUGGACAACGUGUCGUCCUUGCUGGAGGACUCAGAGAGGAAGGGGAUCAAGAUGACCAAAGAAGUCUCUGGACUGGAGAGUCAGCUGCAGGACACACAGGAGCUGCUCCAGGAGGAGACCCGUCAGAAACUGAACCUCAGCACCCGUAUACGUCAGCUGGAGGAGGAGAAGAACGCUGUGCAGGAGCAGCAGGAGGAGGAUGAGGAGGCUCGCAAGAAUCUGGAGAAGCAGACGUUGGCGCUACAGGCUCAGCUGUCAGAGACUAAGAAGAAGCUGGAGGACGACGUGGGAACAAUAGAAGGCCUGGAGGAAACUAAGAAGAAGCUGCAGAAGGACCUGGAGCUGUCCAGUCAGCGCCUGGAGGAAAAGACCAUCGCCUUCGAAAAGAUGGAGAAGACAAAGACGCGUCUGCAGCAGGAGCUGGAUGAUCUCACUGUCGACCUGGAUCACCAGAGACAGAUCGUCUCCAGCCUGGAGAAGAAACAGAAGAAGUUUGACCAGUUGCUGGCUGAGGAGAAGAGCAUCUCAGCUCGCUUCGCUGAAGAACGUGACCGUGCUGAAGCUGAGGCCCGAGAGAAGGAGACCAAAGCUUUGUCCAUGACCAGAGCUCUGGACGAGGCCCUGGAGGCCAAGGAGGAGCUGGAGAGGGUCAACAAGCAGCUCCGUGCUGAGAUGGAGGAUCUGAUGAGCUCCAAGGACGAUGUGGGCAAGAAUGUCCACGAGCUGGUGAAGUCCAAGCGCACUCUGGAGCAGCAGCUGGAGGAGAUGAAGACUCAGCUGGAGGAGCUGGAGGACGAGCUGCAGGCCACGGAGGACGCCAAGCUGCGUCUGGAGGUCAACAUGCAGGCCAUGAAGGCCCAGUACGAGAGGGACCUCCAGGGCCGGGACGACCAGAACGAUGAGAAGAAGAGGGCGCUGGUCAAGCAGGUGCGGGAGAUGGAGGCGGAGCUGGAGGAUGAGAGGAAGCAGAGAGCUCUCGCUGUGGCUGCCAAGAAGAAGCUGGAGAUGGAUCUGAAGGACAUCGAGGGUCACAUCGAAGGAGCCAACAAGGCCCGAGACGAAGCCAUCAAACAGCUGCGCAAGCUACAGGCCCAGAUGAAGGACUACCAGAGGGAGCUGGAAGACGCCCGAGCCUCCAGAGAUGAUAUCUUUGCUUUAUCCAAGGAAAAUGAGAAGAAACUCAAAAGUCUGGAGGCUGAGAUUGUGCAGCUGCACGAGGAUCUGGCGACGUCUGAGCGCGGCCGACGUCAGGCGGAGCAGGAACGAGACGAGCUGCAAGAUGAGAUGUCAAACAGCACCUCCGGAAAGUCGGCUCUGAUGGACGAGAAGAGGAGGCUGGAGGCUCGUAUCGCUCAGCUGGAGGAGGAGCUGGAGGAGGAGCAGGGCAACAUGGAGCUGCUCAAUGACCGCUUCAGAAAGACAACCAUGCAGGUGGACACCCUGACCAUAGAGCUGAGCGCGGAGCGCAGCACAUCCCAGAAGAGCGAGAACGCUCGUCAGCAGCUGGAGCGUCUGAACAAGGAUUUCCGGGCCAAGCUGGGCGAGCUGGAGGGUUCUGUGAAGAACCGGUUCAAGGCCUCCAUCACCGCCCUGGAGGCCAAGAUCUGCCAGCUGGAGGAGCAGCUGGAGCAGGAGGCCAAGGAGCGAGCAGCCGCCAACAAGAUCGUGAGGAGGACGGAGAAGAAGCUGAAGGAGAUCUGCAUGCAGGUGGAGGACGAGCGCCGCCACGCCGACCAGUUCAAAGAGCAAGUGGAGAAGGCUAACUCCCGGAUGAAGCAGCUGAAGCGUCAGCUGGAGGAGGCGGAGGAGGAGGCCGCGAGGUCCAACGGCUCGCGCAGGAAGCUGCAGAGGGAACUGGACGACGCCACCGAGGCGAGCGAGGGGCUGAGCCGUGAGGUCCACACACUCAAGAACCGCCUCAGGCGCGUCGGCCCCAUCAGCUUCUCCUCCAGCCGCUCGGGCCGGCGCCAGCUGCAGGUGGAGGGCACCUCCUCGGACCUGGUGUCUGACGACGAGCUGGAGAACAAGAUAACCGACAACAACGCCAACGAGACGCCGGCCCCCCAGCCGGAGUAG